CUCUUCGCGGCUUCGUCGCUGGCCAUCUUCGCCGUUGCCUCCCCGGCCGCGCUCGUCGCUCGCCAGAACUGCGACACCGGCUCUGUCCAGUGCUGCAACACCCUCACCAACUCGACCGAUCCAUCCACUAGCGCCAUCCUUGGCCUCAUUGGCGCCGUCGUCUCCGGCGUCGACGUCCCGAUCGGUCUCGAGUGCAACCCGAUCACUGUUAUCGGCGCUGGGGCCAACGGCUGCAGCGCCAGCCCCGUUUGCUGUGAGAACACCAACGAUGGUCUCGUCGGCAUCGGCUGUGUUCCCGUUGAUGUU